CUUGGCACAAACUACAUCGGCUCCCCGGGCGAGAGUAUUCAUUCAUAACUAUUUGUACACAUGGAGGGAGAAGCGAACGCUUUUGGAGCCAACACAAGCCAUUCAAGUCGGGAACUGCACAGGUGCUUUUCGAACAUAUAACCAACCUCUUUGUGUUCGUUGGUAUACGACAGCCAAGCGGCAACGGCAGAAAUCGCGUUUUCUGUACGCUCUUUUCGGUCCCGUGUUCCUUUUUCUUUACGCAAACAAAAGGCGCGUCUUUUCCAUGGAAAUCCGACAUCGUGUGGCAUUUAUGUACACCAUGGUGCGCGAUUAUUGUUAUUAUUAUCGUCACGAUUGUUGAAGACCAAAACGAAAACAAAACGUCAGGAUUGUGAAAAACUCUCGAGUACAUCUUCUUUUUUGUGGAAAUGAGUAAGAUACGAUGAUGACGGUGCUAAAGAGAUGCGAAGCAUUCAGUGAUUUUCGGUUAUUGAAUUAAAGUGGGAAAGACCUGCGACUAGUACGAAUAUUAGAGAGUUUUAAACGUGGCCCAUCUAUUUAAAGAAUGUCAGAAAUAGAAACAUGACGGUUACAGUUUGAAGACAGAAAGCGUAUGCAAAAAAUCGAAACAUCUUCAUUAAGAAACAGUCACUAAAUUCUGGUCGAUAAUCCGCGGGUUUUGUUCAAUUUUUAAAAAUAGAAUUCCGAAAAGGUUUUUUCUUCCAGGUACUUCCCGAAAAUGUAAACUCUUCUUUCGCGUUCGGCGAUUUAACGCGCACGAUUUUUGUGUGAACAAUGAAUUGAAUUAUUGUGCAUUGCUUACAUUAUAAUAAUAAAUAUCUCCAUAGAUGUGUGCCGUUAAUAUCGAAACCAUUUGUGUACUCAGUGCCCUUGUUUGACUUCUAAAGUGUUAGUGAAAAUCUAGUCCUAUGUAUAUAGAUUCGGGUGGCGUUUACCUCGGGAUGGGAAUAAAAACAAUGAAGGCGUUUAAUAGACCUAAGCCAGACAUCCCGACGCAGGUACCGCCUUUAACUCCUGGAACGAACAAGACUAUGACAGAGGCCCUGAAGGCCUCGUUCGCAUCUUGGGAAAAGGAGCAAAUUAGGCUUAAUAUCACCAAAGAUCCUCGACAAUGGACAGAAAGCCAAGUCCAGCACUGGAUUCAGUGGGCAAUGAAAGAGUUUUCCUUAGAAGGAAUUGCGUUAAAUCAAUUUCACAUGAAAGGAAAAGACAUUUGUGCCAUGGGCAAGGACGCAUUUCAAGCGAGAGCUCCUGCCUUUGUCGGCGACAUCUUAUGGGAACACUUAGAAUUACUACAAAAGGAUGUAGAAAGAGAGAAGGCAUUGGCUAAUGUUCCUUCAAAUAUAUAUGAUACAAUGUGUGUUCCUGAUUUGGGAAUGUACUUGGAGUACAGUCAACCUCCCGUUCUUCCCGGUGAAGAUCGAAAACCCAUUAGUGUAACUCCUGCCCCCGCCCACACACCAACCCCCGCCGCUCCAGCACCUAUUAACAACAAUUUCGUGCAUGACGGUGGUUAUGGCCAUUUGAGUAGAAGUCCUGCGUGUCCACCGUCAUCUGAUGAUAUCAGAGAGAACGGGACGCCACCCCCGCCAGGCCCAAAUUCUAGUUUCCUUAGCUUUCAGAGAAGUCCUUACCAGCAUCUCAAAGACGGGUUUAAUAGAAGUACGUGUCCACCGCCAUCGUCUGGGGAAACGGGAAAUUUUGAAGGUUUAGAUAGCUUAGCCUCGUUGACCAACGAAGAACAAGCCCACUUAGUUUUAACACAUCCUUAUCCUCCCGAAGACCAGGAUUAUCAUUCAUUAGAAACUGGUCAUCAACCUCAAUCCUACUUAGAUAAUUCACCGGAAUUCUACGGUCUAGAAACCAAAUACCACCCCACUGCGCAGAACUUCAAAAACUACGUACGUGGAUCAGCAAGGUACAGUGAUGCUUACGGUGAAACGUAUGGGUCCCCAUACGACGGCUCGCCUUUUCAAACAGUUCCCAGUGGAAACAAUACGGGUCACGAUCAAUGGCCCCAUGGUCACGGACCACCCGACCUAGGAUCCCUAGCGGCACACGCACAUCAUCCGCACACACAUCCUGCAUUCCUGCCUGCUGGACUUUCAGGAAGAGAAGGAAUGAACAACCUGGGACCAGAUACCAAACCCAUGAUUCAAAACGGCAUGCUCGGAGGAUACCCGACUAGUGGAAAUAGCGGCGGUCCCUGUUUUACUGGUUCCGGUCCAAUUCAACUUUGGCAAUUCCUCUUAGAACUACUUACGGACAAAACUUGUCAGAAUUUUAUUUCCUGGACGGGAGACGGAUGGGAGUUUAAACUUACUGAUCCCGAUGAAGUUGCGCGACGCUGGGGUAUACGGAAAAAUAAGCCUAAAAUGAAUUACGAAAAAUUAUCCAGGGGUCUUCGAUAUUACUACGAUAAGAAUAUCAUCCACAAGACUGCCGGAAAACGAUACGUAUAUCGUUUUGUAUGCGACCUUCAGACUCUGCUUGGAUAUACUCCAGAAGAACUCCACGCAGCGGUUGAUCUUAAACCGGAAAAGAAAGACGACGACUGAUUCAUGGAAAACAGUUGGUAAUGGUGAGCGUGCAAGUCUAAAAUUUUCACGCUCAGUUUUUCACAUUGGUGCCUGAGAAACACUGCGGAUCGUUCAUAUCUCAAACUAUUAACUUUCAUAUAUUUUAGGAUAAUUCAAGUGAUAAUUUUGUAAAUUGAAAAAGUAUUAUGUUCAUUGUAUUUGUUAGAGACUGUUUUCAAUUUAUUGAUAAGAGUUGUUACAAUGCUCAUUAAUGUAAAGUGAUUUUAAACUUUU